GAUCCUUCUCUUCUCCUUCCAGGGCUCAGUGACACCUUCAACAUCGACACCAAGAGGCCCAAAAUCAUCUGUGGCUCGAAGGAAGCAUUUUUUGGCUACACAGUGCAGCAACAUGAUAUUGGGGGCAAGAAAUGGUUGGUGGUGGGAGCUCCCUACGAAACCAAUGGUCAUCAGAAGACAGGAGAUGUCUACAAGUGCCCAUUGACCAGUGACAGCCACAGCAACUGCACUAAACUCAACCUAGGCCGAGUGACUCUCUCCAACGUCUCCGAGAGGAAGGACAACAUGCGCCUCGGGCUCAGCCUGGCUACCAACCCCAAGGACAACAGCUUCCUGGCCUGCAGCCCUCUCUGGUCCCACGAGUGUGGCAGCUCCUACUACACCACUGGGAUGUGCUCCAGGGUCAACUCCAACUUCAGGUUCUCCAAGACAGUGGCUCCAGCUCUGCAGAGGUGCCAGACCUACAUGGACAUCAUCAUAGUCCUGGAUGGCUCCAACAGCAUCUAUCCUUGGGUUGAAGUCCAACACUUCCUGAUAAACAUCCUGAAGAAGUUUUAUAUUGGUCCUGGCCAGAUCCAAGUUGGAGUGGUUCAGUAUGGAGAAGAUGUUGUUCAUGAGUUCCACUUAAAUGACUACAGGUCUGUAAAAGAUGUGGUAGCUGCUGCCAGUCACAUCGAGCAGAGAGGAGGAACAGAGACCAGAACUGCCUAUGGGAUAGAAUUUGCUCGCUCGGAAGCGUUUCAGAAAGGUGGCCGGAAAGGGGCAAAGAGAGUAAUGAUUGUAAUCACAGAUGGAGAGUCGCAUGACAGCCCAGACCUGGAGAAGGUGAUUGAGGACAGCGAGAAGGACAAUGUCACCAGAUACGCCGUGGCGGUCUUGGGUUAUUACAAUAGAAGAGGAAUCAACCCUGAAGCCUUUUUGAACGAGAUCAAAUUCAUAGCAAGUGACCCAGAUGACAAACAUUUCUUCAAUGUCACAGAUGAAGCAGCACUCAAAGACAUUGUGGAUGCUCUGGGAGAAAGGAUAUUCAGCUUGGAAGGAACCAACAAGAACGAGAUCUCCUUUGGCCUGGAAAUGUCCCAGACUGGAUUUUCAUCCCAUGUUGUGGAAGAUGGAAUCCUGCUGGGAGCAGUGGGUGCCUAUGACUGGAAUGGAGCUGUCCUGAAGGAAACCAGCAGUGGGAAGGUCAUUCCCUUGAGGGAAUCUUAUCUCCAGGAGUUCCCAGAGGAGCUGAAAAAUCAUGGAGCCUAUUUAGGUUACACUGUCUCCUCUGUCAUCUCCACCAAGCAUGAGCGAAUCUAUGUCGCUGGAGCUCCCAGGUUCAACCACACAGGGAAAGUCAUCCUCUUCAGCAUGCACAGCAACAGAAACCUCACUAUCCACCAGGCCCUGAAGGGAGAGCAGAUUGGCUCCUACUACGGCAGUGAGAUCAACUCCCUCGAUGUUAAUGGCGAUGGUGUCACCGAUGUCCUGCUGGUGGGAGCACCUAUGUACUUCAGUGAGGGCAGGGAGAGGGGGAAGGUCUAUGUCUACACCCUACAGGAGAACCACUUCAUUCCCAGUGGGGCCCUCAUGGACCUGCAGAGCUACCAGAACUCUCGUUUUGGCUCCUGCAUCGCUUCUGUGCCUGACCUCAACCAGGACUCCUACAAUGACCUUGUGGUUGGGGCACCUUUGGAGGAUGAGCACCAAGGAGCUAUUUACAUCUUCCUUGGCUUCAAAGAGACCAUCCUGAAGAAGUACAAGCAGAGGAUUGCAGCCACAGAGCUAGGCCCAGGCCUGAUGUAUUUUGGAUGCAGCAUCCAUGGACAGCUGGACCUCAAUGAAGAUGGACUCAUUGACUUGGCUGUUGGUUCUCUGGGGAGUGCUGUGCUCCUGUGGUCCCGCAGUGUGGUGCAGAUCAACACCAGCAUCCGCUUUGAGCCCUCCAAAAUCAACAUCUUCACCAAGGACUGCAAGAGGAAUGGGAAGGAUGCAACAUGCAUGUCAGCCUUCAUCUGCUUCACUGCUGUCUUCCUCUCUGCUCACUUCCAGACAGCCAGUGUGGCUCUGAGGUACAACACCACCAUCGACGAGCGCAGGUACACACCACGCGCUCACCUGGACGAGAGCGGAGAGAGGCAGGCACAGAGGGGGCUGGUCCUGCCAGCUGGGCAGGAGCACUGUGAGAAGCUCCACUUCCAUGUCUUGGACACAGCUGACUACGUGAAGCCAGUGACGUUCUCCAUCGACUAUGAGCUGGAGCAGCCUGAGCAUGGCCCCAUGCUGGACGACGGUUGGCCAACCUCACUCAGGGUCUCGGUCCCUUUCUGGAAUGGGUGCAAUGAGGAUGAACACUGUGUCCCUGAUCUGGUCCUGGAUGCCAGGAGUGAUGUCCCCAGUGCCAUGGAGUAUUGCCGACGAGCACUGAGGAGGUCAUCCCCAGACUGCUCAGCCUUCAGCCUCUCCUUUGACACCUCCAUAUUCAUCAUUGAGAGCAGCAGGAGGAGAGUGGCUGUGGAGGCAACACUGGAGAACCGAGGGGAAAAUGCCUACAGCACCGUCCUCAACAUCUCCUUCUCCAGGAACCUCCAGUUUGCCAGCUUGAUCCCCAAGGAUGACACAGACAUCAACAUUGAGUGCAUGACUGACGACAAACACCCCAACAAGAAAGUGUGCAACAUCAGCUACCCCUUCUUCAGAGCCAAGGCCAAGGUUGCUUUUCGCCUGGAUUUUGAGUUCAGCAAGUGGAUUUUCCUGCAGAGUAUGGAGGUCUACAUGAUUGCCAACAGUGACAGUGAGGAGAAGGAGAGCACCAUGGAGGACAACUUUGCCCACCUCAACUACCACCUGAAAUAUGAAGCUGAUCUGCUCUUCACCAGGACAUCAAGCCUGGACUACUAUGAAAUCAGGUCCAACAGCUCCUUGGAGAGAUAUGACAGCAUUGGUCCUCCUUUCCAUUGCAUCUUCAAGCUGCAGAACCUUGGAUUCUUCCCUGUGGAGGGGGUGACCAUCAAGCUUACCAUCCCUGUGGCCACCAGGGCAGGCAACCGUCUCCUGCUUCUGACUGACUUUCUGGUGGAUCAGGAAAACACAACCUGCAACAUCUGGGGCAACACCACUGACUACCGGAGGACACCUGCUGAGGAGGACCUGUCCCGCACUCCACACCUGAACCACAGCAACUCUGACAUUGUUUCCAUCGACUGUAACGUGAAAUUAGCCCCCAACGAGGAGAUGAACUUGCACUUGCACGGCAAUCUGUGGAUGAAGUCUCUGAAAGCACUGAAGUUCAAGUCACUGAAGCUGACCACGAACGCUGCUCUGCAGCGACGCUUCGGGAGCGCUUUUGUCUUCCGAGAGGAGGAUCCCAGUCGCCAGAUCACAUUUGAGAUCUCCAAGCCAGAGGAGUCACAUAUCCCCAUCUGGAUUAUCCUGGGGAGCACCUUAGGAGGUCUCCUACUCCUGGCCCUGCUCGUCCUUGCACUCUGGAAGCUUGGAUUCUUCAAGAGUGGGAGCCGCAGGCGAGUGGAGGAGCAGGAGCAGAAUUCCAUGGGGCUGGAGUGA